AUGAAAGUGGUAAAACGGGAGUUGUGUAGGAGUAGGCAUCAAAAGAUGGUCCAGGAGCUGGCUCUGGUGGAUGAAAAACCAGAGGGAGCUCAGCAACUCUGCUCACCAGCACAGCUGGGGCAAGGAGGAGACCAUCUUUCAGCAGCACAGCUGCUGCCCCCUCGUCAGCAGCCCCAGGAAGAGGACAAUGUCCAUGUUCAGCUGCAGAGACAGACAGCACGAGGAGGCAUGGCUCCAAACUUGGGACCACAACAAACAGACAAGGGGUGGGAGCCCCCAGAGGUGACCGUGCAGGUGCGGCCUCAGAAGCUGAGCCAGGGGUGGGAGUCCCCAGAGGUGACUGUGCAGGUGCAACCUCAGAAGCCGAGCCCAAGAUGGGAGUCCUCAUCAGUGACUGUGCAGGUGCAGUUACAGCAGCACCGCCGAGAGCCAGCUCUACCACAGGUGACCGUACAGGUCCAGCCACAGGAGUGGGGACAACAUACGGCUGGCAUCAAGGUCACUGUGCAGCUGCAGCUGGGCUGUGACUCAGAAGAGGUAACCUGCCUCCAGGACCAAGGUGAGGAAGUGUUAGGGAAUGGAGAGCAGCUGACCCCAAGACAAAAUCAGGGAGAACCAAUGGCAAGAUCUGAAGGUGACAGAGAAAUGGCUGUGGUGGAGCUGAUGCCUCAGGGAGCUUUGAGAAAAAAGCAGGGUCAAGGAGAGGUGACAAAAUCCCAGCAGGACCAGAGCCAAGAAGAGGAAAGAGCCGAAGUGGUGCAGAUGCAAGUUGGAGACGAAGCAGAUCUGGUGAUAGAGGAGCCACUGCAGGACCAGAGCCAAGAGCAGGAACAGCUAAAAGCAGACCUGCCCACACAAAAGGAAGGUCAAAGAGCUAUAGAGGUGGGGCAGGAGCAAGGCAAUGUCCAAGAAGGGCCCAAGGGGAUGGUGAAAGACCAGAAUGAAGACCUGGGGCAAGAAGUGUCUAAGAAACGCCCACGAGACACUCCAAAUUAUUUUGUCGCUAUUCCAAUAACAGAUGAUCAGAUUUUGGACAGAAUUGAAGAUGUCCAAGAGCUCAUAUUCACUAAAGAACCUGACCUGUUGAGAACUCUUCUUCCUGUUCAAACUAUGCACCUUACUAUAAUAGUAGCUCACCUGGGAACAGAAGAAGAAGUAAAAAAGGCUGUUUUGGCACUGAAGCAAAGCAAGACUAAAGUGGAAGCCAUCUUGCAGGGUAAAGACCUUAAUAUGACGUUUCAUGGAAUUGGACAGUUUAACAACCAAGUUCUAUAUGUGAAAAUGUUGGAGGAAGACCAGAAAAUGUUGAGCAGAAUUGCAGAAGCUGUGGAAGAAUGCUUUAAUGAAAUGAAUCUUGACAUCUUGGGAAGCAAAGAUUUCAAACCACAUCUUACUUUCCUAAAGCUCUCCAAAGCACCAAGAUUGAAGAGAAGGGGCUUCAGAAAAAUUUGUUCGGAUCUUUAUAAAGAAUAUGAAGACAGUUACUUUGGUACAGAGGUCUUCAGCCAAAUUGAUCUCUGCGCUAUGCGUAAGAAGAAGCAGGAAUCUGGUUACUAUUACUGUGAGUGUUCAAUUAACGUGGGCUCCAGAAGUACAGAAGAGAGUAAAAAGCAAGAAAUGCAGAUGGAAUUUGUGGGAGAAACAACUGGUGAAGACCUUCCAAAUAGUGCUGCAAAGGCUGAAAUAGGAGCAACUGCUGCAAGCUGUAAGCUUGCCUCAUGUUUAGUCGUAGCUGAUGACAAACCAUCUGAAAAUAUUGCUGAGGUUUCAAUUGCAAGCAAAGAAAUAGAAAUGGAUGAGGUGAAGGGACAGCCCGAAGCUACAGAUGGGACUUUUCUUGCAGCUGGAGAGAUCUGCUCGAAGUCAGAAGUUGGUCUGUUGCCAGGAAGUUCAGAUGCAUUGAAAAGCGUUGAAAAGGAACAAGAAAAAGCAGAGAUAAGAGAUGGAAGCUUGGAGAAAACUGAAGCAACGGGAAUAUGCACCUGA